GUCCCAUGCUCCGCCGCUGACACGUUGGCCCGACUUAACCUUACGAUGGCCGCCGCCUCCGCCAUCACCGCCGUCUCCGGCGUUGUGCUUCCCCAAACCUUCCUAUCCCACCGGUCGCCGCCGCCGCAGGUCCUAGCCGUGGCCUCCUCAUUCCACCGGCUCUCCUUGUGCGCUUCCCAUCGCCGAAUCACUCACAUAAUCCCCCGCGCUGAUGCAAGUGCCGAAGCUGGAGAACCGGAGCCUGUCACUACUUCAGCUGAAUCCGAAGAGGAGGUGGCCGAGGGGUCUGUCGCUGUGGCGGAGGCGGAGGAACCGACGCCGCCGAGCAAGCCGAAGGUUAAGUUCGGCGAAAUAAUUGGGAUUCUGAAUAAGCAGUUCAUUGAGGAGGCUGAGAAGGUGAAGACUGUACCGGAUCUGAGGCCUGGCGAUAUCAUUGAGCUUAGGAUGCAACGGCCCAACAAAAGGAGAUUGUCGCUCUUUAAGGGCAUAAUCAUCGCAAAGCACAAAGCUGGUGUUCACACCACAAUCCGUGUCAGAAGGAUCAUUGCUGGUGUAGGAGUUGAGAUUACCUUCCCAGUGUACUCACCCAGGAUCAAGGAAAUCACGGUUAUCAGGCACAAGAAAGUGAGGAGAGCAAAGUUGUACUACCUGAAAGACAAGCUUCCCCGCUUUUCAACAUUCAAGUGAAAUCAGAUAUGCUGACAGAACAACUUUUCCACCACCAUCUCGAUUUCUCUUAAACCUUUUUUUCACUUCCCUAUCGAUAUCAUCAUAUUUCACUGUAAUCUCUGGGUAUCAGAUAUGUAAUAUCUACAGCUUUAUAGCAUACUUGGCUUAGCGCAAUGUUUUGUUUGUUGUCAGUGUACAAAAUUCAUACUAGCACCUUGUUAUUAUGAAUUUGCAAAUACAAGGUUAUGUACUCUUGUGCGUCGAGUUUGUGAUGAAUGAUUGUUAGGUCAUUCUUAAUUGGAGUUUCAUACUCAUUAAAUAUGGUGAUACAUCAUCAUGCUUGGUGAUAUGACAAUGUAAUUAAGAGUAGAGAUAUAGAGAGAGUUUGGUGUGAGAUGAUAGAGUUUCAUGGGGAUGAAACCCUGCAU